GUACUUAAAGCUUAUGAUUUUUUACCAAAAAACCUCAAUCCAUGUUUUCCCUUUCCUUCCUUCUCCUCUACCUUUUUGCAUCAUCUUCAUCCUCUGAAAAACCCAUUUCUAUUUUAACUUCAAAGAGAAAGAGCGAGGAGGAUAAGUUUGCAAAAAGCCAUUUCUACUUUCCAUCUGUAUCAUGUCUUCCACUUUCUUCACUCGUUAGCUUCCAUUAAAGCCGUUUAUUCAAGCUUAUCAUUGUUUAAAGGUGCAACCUUUAAGCUUUUUUAUGUAAACUUUUUUGUUGGGUUUUUUUAGGCUCGAUAAAAUGGCAUCAAGUUUUCAUGAAUGGGAAUCCGACCCUUUAUUCUCAGCUGCUGAAGUAGUUCAAGACUCUUCUGACAGGAUGGAAUCACUUUUUCGUCUUGUAUUGCAUCAGCAAAGUCUCGUUCAAAGCGAACAUCCUGACCCAAGAUUCCUUUCAUCGAUAGAAUAUCAUAAGCGUGAUCUUGCAACCAUACUUGGAACUGCGAAAUGGCAGUUGGAAGAUUUUGAAAGAGCUGCUAACUCAUCGAUCAUAGCAAACAAAUCUCAAACCAGAGAAGAUGUCAUUUCCAGACAUAGGCAGUUUAUUAUGGCCAUUAGGGAACAUAUAAAUGAAGUGGAGAAAGGUGUAAAGGGCCCUUCAAUGGGUGAUUCCAUGAGAAACUCUGAAUGGGUUAAUUUAAAUGACCAUGAAAGAGAUUUAUUAGCAUCAUUUCUUACAGGAGGAAAUCCCAAAGAACAUUUAAAUCAUUAUGAAAUGGAAGAAAGUGGCUAUUUGAGAAGAUUCCUUGAUCCAAACUUGGGUUCUAGUUUAACAGAUAAUGAAAUUGUUGAACAUGACAGCAGAGAAUUUGAGAGGGUAAGAAUUAAUGGAGUUGGGCAUGCUGAGCAUUAUCUUGACUCUGCAAAUGAAGAUAAAAGAAAUAUUGGUUCGCAUUACACCACCAGAUUAGGCUCAGAUAUGAUGAACUCUCUGCCAGAGAACUCUCAUGAAAGGCAUGGUGGUGGUGAUCACUGGGACCUAAAAGCCAAUGAAGCCAAAUCUAGGAGCUUCUUCCAUGAGAUCAAGUCAAGAGGGACAUACAGCAUUAUGUUCUUUGGUUUCUUGAUCAAUCUAUGGUCUACCCAUAGGAACAGAAUUGCAAGGAACUAUACAAAGAGGUUGAAAGAUGGAGAAGAAAAUAGGCAUUCGCCUACUUACACUGAACCUUCUCAUUCUGCACAGGUCCAGCGUCUAGGACUAAUGUUAGGAUCUGGAUACAGAAGCUUCCAGGGAAUAUGCUUUAGGUUGCAAUCAGAAGUAAUGCUCCUGGGCAGCUACCUUGGUGCAAGAUAUCAAAGAUUUCCCUUUAAUUUCGAGUUUAAUGGACAUUCAAUGAAAAUUAUAUUGACAACAAUUCUUACCCUCAUAUUUUUGGGUAUAUUGGUGUCCAGAAUUGCUUGAAGACAGUCAUUUGCUGCUAAAAGUCUGCGAACAGUUGAAUGUCCUGACCAUCAAAUAUUGCAUGGUCGCAAAUACAAUUUUAUGUCUUGCUGACCGAAAUGUGCAACUGGUAAUGAUUGUUGAAAAGAUUUCUGUUGGAGCCCGGACAACUGUACAGCUUGUUGUUUGCGACAACCCAGCCUUUAAAGAAUUAUUCAAAGUCGAAGAAGAACAGAUCUUCAGGAAGGGAAGGCUUUAUUGAGUACUGGUAACUAAUCCGAGCAUUGAAGUAUUGAAAAAACUCAUAUAAACAAAAAAUCUCAAAUAGCCUUGAUCAUGAGACAUAAUUGUCACUAUAAACAAGAACCAAAAUUCCAACCGUAGUAAUUAAUAUUAACAAAAUAGAAGUAAGUGGGUCAAUCAAGUGCCUGAACUCUAAGGAAAAAUCAUUGUUGAUGGUCCAAGACCAUACAUAUUGAUAAAUAGAACUGCUAUUUAUUUGAUGAAUAAAUAGAAAGGUCGGAAAAAACCAUAACUAUACUUAACAAUAAAACACUGGAAAAAGCCCAUAUUGCAUCUUUUGUUGAUUAGGUGACACCCGGAUUUGAACUAGGGAAAAAGGAUUUGUAGACCUGCCUCACCACUCGGCCAUGUCGCCAAGGCAAUUGAAAUAAAAAAUAGAUGAAAAUACCCCCCUUUCUUUUUUUUCUUACUAAACUUUUUUUUUUGUACUUGCUUGACCAAUCGUAGUAUUCUAGAGUCGGCAUGAAGAAUUAGAUCUUGACCUCAUUUUAGGCAUGGUUUAUUUUUUUGUCAUACAUAUAUUUUCACAAAUAAACUGAUUUAGGUUAAUUAUUGUGAAUGUUUCUUCACAAUAAUUAUGAUGAUAAUUAUGAAUUUUCAGGGUUUUAUUUUUUUUUUAGCUGCCACCUAGAACAGCUGCUCUUUCUUUCCCUCAAUUUUUUUCCUCUGAAACAAAAGUCACUCAUGCUAUCAAGCCGCCUCCUUUCACUGUCAAACUCCUCCAUUAGCCCACAGUAGCUCCAUCUUCCACCCAUGACAGCCACCAUAAGAUAGCCCUCCCUGAACUUCUCUAGCAAUAGCCAUAGCAGCUACUGAAACCAACACCACCAAUUGCUCCUUCCAUUAGCCUCUCAACAGCCACGGUUCGGCCUCUUUACCACGCCAAAGGUCAUUUAUCUUCCUCUCCCAGCCACGGUUUUCACCACCAUAAACCACCUUCCAACUGUAAUCUACACCAGUACAGUAAUUGUGACCAUCAGUCCAGCCACUCCUCCAUUUGUCCAUCUCCUUUUCUCCUCAAUCCCACCGGGACUACCAUUGACAGCCAAGACCAUCUUCUUCCCUCUUCCCCGUGACAGCCUCCAUAACAGAAUCAGCAUCACAACAGCCCACAAACAAACUCAACCUUAACCCAGCACCGCCAUUCUUCCUCUCGUGACCAACCACUGAUUUCAACCGACCUCCUAACCACCACGUGAUGAACAGUCGCAAAAUCAGUAGAGAGAGACGAAACCAAGAAAAAGAAACGAACUCGUGAGGAAGAAAGAGAGGCAAAUCUGGAGAGAAAUAAAAACAAUUGUUUGGUGUUGAUUUUCUUGUUUGUAGGUGGCGGUAGCUUUCACCUCCAGCACAGGAAGAAAGAACAAGAAGGCAUUUCAGAUCCACACAUUUUUCCAUUUCACCGGUGACGGUGGCAUGUGAGACCUACACAACGUCAUUGAAUUCCAGCAGCUUCUCUGACUACUUGGACCACAGCUAAAUGGUGUUCUGCAAAUUUUGGGAUGAUUUUGUCAUGUGUAAACUUGUGUAAUUUGUGUGUGUGUGAGUUUAUUAGUAAAAGAGAUGGGUGUGUGUUGCAUGGUUUUA